AUGUCUUUGCAUACACCUGAUUCAUCGUUCAGUUUCGAUACGGAUGCAUGUGAACCAUACAUUCCAUAUGAGUUAUCAGAACCAAAUUUUGCUGAUGAAGCGUAUUAUACGGAUGUAGAUAACAAGGAAGGUGAUGGUUUCGGCAGCAGUUACUCGUCUUGUGACGAUUUGUUCGAUAUAAAGCCAACAAUCAAACCUGAACAGGGCAUUCAAUCUGUUCCCGAAACACCACGAUUAGCGCAAAUGCUCGCACCACUUCAAAAUACGAGUCGUACGAAUGAAAACAUCAACUUACCCCUACCGGAAAUUAAUGAAACAUUCAAAAGCAACAGCUAUUCAAACGACAUUCCGUAUAAUUCGAUAUCAUCGAUAUCGAACUCAUCCUCCUCCUCAUCCUAUAAAUUAUUCAACCAAAAUGUCGCCUCACCUCCUCCGUUCACCUGCAUCAUGACACAAUCGCCAUUCGUUGUUCUACCAUUUCAGCAGUACAAUAAUAACAAUAUUAAUAAUAAUUGUACUUACAACUGUACAAAUCACAUCCAAAUGCAACCGCACUACUGCAUGAACGGUUCACAGCGAAGUUAUGAGUGCCAACCCCAAGGCAUGAACGACUGCCAGUCAAACUACAGUCAAUCACAGCCGCUAUCCACAUUUGAGAAUAUCUCACCUCCAAUAUCACCCGAAAACGUUCUCGAGGAAUUUUUCAAACCGAUGCAAUCGUCUGAAAUCCCUCGUAACCGACCAGUCACCAAGAAAAUGAAGAUUCUGUUAUUACACGCGGAAAUUGAAUCAUCGAAAUGUGAAUUUCAUUCCUAUGGAAGGAGACAGCCAGUCAAGUGUACAGUUAUGGAUAAUUUUCAGCCGAUAAGUUGUCAUGCGAAUUCGGUUUGUACGAAUUGUGGUACCAGAGAAACAACACUGUGGCGAAGGAGUGCUGAUGGAUCGGUUGAAUGCAAUGCGUGUAAUUUAUACUUCCGAAAGAAUAAUCGUAAAAGACCGAUCUCAAUGAAGAAAGCGAUUCGAAAACGCGUUCGAAUUCCACGUGAGGCUCGUCAAUGA